AAAUAGUUUUCCUCGUAAAAGACAAUCAUUUACUAUCAUUGAAAGCACAGAGGAAUCAGUUGCACAUAUAUGUACUAGCUAGUUAGUCACUACAACAACUAGAUUAGCGAAUUCAGCUGAUAAGAAGAGCAUCAAGAAUGACAACUGCAAGAUUUAUAAAGUGUGUAACAGUGGGAGAUGGGGCUGUUGGAAAGACUUGCAUGCUCAUUUCCUAUACGAGUAAUACUUUUCCGACGGAUUAUGUUCCUACAGUUUUUGAUAACUUCAGUGCCAAUGUGGUGGUGGAUGGUAGUACGGUGAACCUUGGCCUGUGGGAUACUGCAGGUCAAGAAGAUUACAACAGGCUAAGACCGUUAAGUUAUAGAGGUGCCGAUGUAUUUCUGCUAGCUUUUUCCCUCAUUAGCAAGGCCAGCUACGAGAAUAUAUACAAAAAGUGGAUUCCAGAGUUGAGGCACUACUCGCCAACCAUACCGAUAGUGCUGGUGGGGACUAAACUCGACUUGAGAGAAGACAAGCAGUAUUUGAGUGACCAUCCAGGCGCCACACCUAUUUCAACAACCCAAGGUGAGGAAUUAAAGAAAUUGAUUGGCGCUGUUGCUUAUGUCGAGUGCAGUUCAAAAACUCAACAGAAUGUGAAAGCUGUGUUCGAUACUGCAAUAAAGGUAGCCUUGCGCCCGCCUAAAGUGAAGAAAAAGCCGCAGAAGCGAAUUAGGCCUUGCGCAUUCCUCUAAAUUUUGAUCUGUUUCGCCAAUUGAAGGCAGCUACUCAUUAAAAUUUCAAUUUUCUUUUUUUUUGUAAGAUAUGGAAGGCCACUCCAGGUGCCUCCAGUUCUAUUAUUCAAUAUUCUUAUCAGAUAUUGUAGUAUUUGCUACAAUGUUGAAUGUAUAUGUACACCUUUUUCAUCACAUACAAGAAACUGUUAAAGAAACUGUUAACAGAGCUUC